AUGUUUUCCUCGUCGAAUACUUUCCUCGGGGGUGGUGCCAGUGGCCGUCCUGGCCAGGCACCAUUCAUGCAACAACAGCAGCAACAACAACCCUACUCGCAAUUCCCCCAAGGCCAACAACAGCCCUCAAUUCAACAGCCUCAAGCCACUGGCUUUGCUCCUCAACCCACCGGAUUCGCCGGACAGCCCUCGCCAUUCGGUAACCAGCAGCUACAGCCCCAAGCCACCGGCUUCCCCGCGGGACAACUCCAGCCUCAAGCGACCGGCUUCCCUGGAGGCCAACUUCAACCCCAAUAUACUGGCUUUCCUGGUGCUGCGCCGCAGCAGCAACAGCAACCGCAACAGCAGCAACCCCAGAGCUUCCAGCCCCAAUUCACUGGAUACACCCCUCAGACCCAGGCGCAGGCGCCGCCUCCUGUUCCCCAGAUACCGCAGCGUUUUAAGACCUCAUCUGAGAUCGCGAACUCCUUCCAAGAUGCUGGUGCCGGUGCGCCUCCCCAGGUGCCGCCUAAGACUGGAUCUAAGAUUCCUAGUAUUCGGCUCUCCUUUAUUACUGCCCAGGAUCAGGCCAAGUUUGAGCAGCUCUUCAAGUCUGCCGUUGGUGACAGCAAGACAAUGGAUGGCGACAAGGCGAGAGACCUUCUAAUGCGCUCUAAGCUGACUGGUACCGACCUUUCUAAGAUUUGGGUCCUGUCUGAUUCCACCAAGUCCGGACAGUUGUUUUUCCCCGAGUUCGCUUUGGCGAUGUAUCUGUGCAACAUUCGUCUCACCGGACGCGAACUUCCUCCUUCCCUACCCGAAGUAGUCAAGAAUGAGGUUUCUAGUAUGGUGGAUAUCAUCUCGUUCGAUGUCCCGGAUACGCAGCCGGAGCGGCCCCAGCAGCGAACGAACGUUCCCAACUUCGACGCUCCUCUUAUGGAAAACAACUCGACGCCCCCGAUUGUUCAACAGCCCGUGCCGCAACAGCCGAAUAAUGCCCAGCUUUUGUCGCAGCUGACUGCGCAGCCCACCGGUUUCUUUCCCCAGCAGACUGGUAUCCAGCAACCCCAGCCUACAGGAUAUCCUGGCCAGAAUCAGUCCCAAUUCCUUCAGCCACAACAGACCGGAUUCAUGGCCAAUCCACAGGCUACUGGUUACACUGGCCCGCGGCCUCCAAUGCCACCAAUGCCUACUGGUUUCGGCUCCAACCUGAGCCCGGCCCAGACUGGUGGAAUGGGCCUGACAGCCCAGCCUACUGGGCUGACCGCUCAACCGACUGGUAUGCCGGGCCAGUGGGGCUUCAUCAACACUCCUUCCCAGGGUCUGCCGAACAUUGAUGCCAUGAAGCAGCAGCUGAUGCCACAGCCCGGCCGUGAAGGUGGCUUCAGUGCAGCUGCUCUUUCAGGUAAUGCUACGGUCGCCUGGGCCAUCACUAAGGAAGAGAAGAAAAUCUACGAUGAUCUCUUCCGCGCAUGGGAUGGAUUGCGCAAGGGCUUUGUCAGUGGUGAGACCGCCAUUGAGAUCAUGGGCCAGAGUGGUCUGAACCGCAAGGACCUGGAGCGUAUCUGGACUCUGGCUGACCCGCAUAACCGUGGUCGCCUCAACAUGGAUGAGUUCGCUGUGGCCAUGCACAUGAUCUACCGUGCUCUUAAUGGAUACCCUGUCCCCAGCCGCCUGCCUCCUGAACUUGUUCCCCCCUCUACGAGACACUUGAACGAGUCUAUUGGCACAGUAAAGUCGCUUCUCUCCCAGGAUGCCGAGGCCCGCAAGGCAAAUGGGGCGUUCCUCCAGCCGCAGAAGACUGGUGUCAGCUAUCUCAAGGAUCACUCCUUCCGCGGUGGGGGUAGUAACUCCCCCGCUUCUCGUAAGGAUGCUACUAUGUUCAAAAAUAACGAUGCCGCUGGUGGUUACCGCUCCAGUGCUCGCCGUCGCGUUGCUAAUGAGGCUCGUACUCCAUCACCUGCCGCUUCAGGAACUUCCGAUGAGGAUUACUCCGUGGAGCAGUUGAACAAGAAGAUUCGCGAGACCAAGAUUAUGCUUGACGCUGUUGACUUCCAGGACGAGAACCGGGCCGAGGAUGAUGAUGCCCUUGACCGCCAGGAUCGUCGUGAGGCAGAGAGCCUCAUGGACCGUAUUCGCCGCGUGCAGGAUGACCUUGACACCCACCCCAAUGCCGCAUUCCGACAAUUGGACAGUGGAGCCGAGCGUAGGGCUCUCCGUCGCCAGCUACAGUCCUACGAGGAUCAGGUUCCUCAAGUUGCAUCUGAUGUGCGCCGUCUUGAGCGUGAGAUUGCCGACGCAAAGCUUGAGCUAUUCCGUCUCAAGGAUGCCAAAGCCCACCCCGGUGGUGCCUCGACCAUCAUUGGAACCGGUCCUGGUGGUACUGUGACUGAGGCGGACCGAAUCAAGGCUCGUGCUCGCGCUCGUAUGCAAGCCCGGGCUGCCGAGCUUGCUGGACGCCCUGCACCUGCCUCGGAGGAUGACGACGGUCAGGCUGCUCGUCGCCUCGAGGCUGAGAGCUCUAAUGCGAAGGCCGAACGGGAGCGCAACGACACCAUGACUCGUGAUGUAGAGGAGAGUGUGCGCGACUUCGCCCGCAGCUUGGAAGACAGCCUUCGUGAUCAGAGCAGUAACUCUACCCGUGAACACGAGAAGCGUCGCUGGGAGGAUGCAUUGGGUGUUGAAGAUACUACCCGCGACUUCAUCUAUGACUUGAGCCGUAACUCUCGCACUGCUCAUGUUCGCAAGGAGGAGCGGUCAAGGCCUUCCCCCGAAGUGCAGAGUCACGCAUCCCCAGCUGCUGAAUCUCCUGCUGUGCGACCUUCUAUGCCCACGUCUGUUGAGUCCUCGGGCUCCCUUCCAGGAAACACGCACGAGGAUCGUGUGGCCGCUGCCAGGGAGCGUGCGCAGAAGCGUAUUGCUGAGCGCAUGGCCGCCGCUGGCUUGAAGGUGAAUGACUCCAGUGAGACUCUUGUGCAACGUCAAGAGCGCGAGAAGAAGGAGCGCGAGGACCGUGUCAGACGUGCCGAGGAAGAGGAUGCAAAACGUGAGCAGGAGAGACAGCGUCGCCUUGCUGAUGAACGCGGUGGUUCCAGCGCCGCAGCUCCCAAGACCGCAGGCAAGAAGCCACCUCCAGCUCCCCCUACUCGCCGGGCCCGCACAGAUAGUGCCGGCCAGGCUGAUGCUAAGAAGGCGGAUGAUGCUAAGCUGGAACAGGCUGCUCGUGAGCAGGCCAUCAAGGAAGAACAGGAGGCACAGGAGGCUGAGACUCAGCGUCUCCAGAGCGAGGCCAACCAAGGCGAAUUGGAGUUCCAGAAGGAAAAGGAUGCCCAGGCUGCUCGCCUCCAGGCCCUUGAAGAACAAGUCCGCCAGGGCAAGAUCAAGAAGCAGGAAGAGAAGCGUCGUAGGGAAGAAGCCAGCCGACAGGCCAAGGAACAGGAGGCCAGCCUUGCUGCCCAGCGUGCGGAGCUCGAGGCAGCUAAGGAGCGUGAGCGACAGUUGCAGCGUGAGCUCGAAGGUCUUGAUGAUGACGACAGCUCAUCCGACGAUGAGGGCCCUGCCGAUAUCACUCCCCAGCACAGCACCCCAGCGCAGAGCCAAGUUCUCUCUGGUCCUCCCCCAGUGCCCACUAUCGCUAUUCCCGAACCCCCGGCGGCAUUUGAACCUGAGAACGUGGCCACCCCCGAGGCCAGCUCCCCUGAAAGCAGCCGGGCUCUUCCUGCAGCUACUCCCGAUGCUGAGUCAAAGAACCCCUACUUCAAGAACAUGGGUCAGCCCUCCGCCGACUCCGUGACCUCGCCGCCGGCCUCUGCUCAGUCUACGAACCCCUUCCACCGCAUGUCCAUGCAACAGCAGCAAGAGCCCACCAAGCCUUCCUUCCACGGUGCAGCUCCCUUGGAACGCAAGACUCGCGCACGCCCCGAGGAUGACGACGACUGGUCCAACGCCGGUUCCGAGUUCGAUUCCUCUGAUGAUGAGGACGAGGACCGUCCCGGCGGCGGCAGUGCCAAACAGCUUGCUAGUAUCCUCUUCGGCACAAUGGCACCCCCGCGUCCUCUGAGCGCCAUGGACGAAGACAAGUCUGCCUCCAAGUCUGCCACCCCGGUGCAAGCCAGCCCUGUCGCACCCCCUCCCCCGCCUCCGGCAACCUUGCCCCCUGUCCCGGCCAUCCCAAGCCCAAGCGAUGAUACGUCAUCGCCUGCCCCGUCAGCUGGUGCUCCUCCCCCGCCUCCGCCUCCUCCCCCUCCCCCAGGCGCAGGUGCCCCCGGGAUCCCUCCUCCCCCGCCUCCUGGCGGAGCAGCCCCCGCUGCUCCCCCUCCACCCCCUCCAGCAGCCGGUAUUCCCCCUCCCCCUGCCCCUUCUGCAGCUGGCGGUGGCGGUAACGGUGGUCGUGGUGCCCUCCUCGCUUCCAUUCAGCAGGGUAUGUCCUUGAAGAAGACCCAGGUCAACGACCGCAGCACAAGCUCGUCGGCUGGUCGUGUGCUGUGA